AUGUCACAACCCAACGAAGGCGAUGCCACCCCUAAUCCGAGCAGCCAGCGAUCCACACCGUCGUCACGAAGCAGCCUCUUCUCCGUCCCCACGCCGAUAAAGCAGCUUUUCGACCGCUUUCCCUUGCACACCUAUCCCGUCAACGAACUUCCUCAACGCGCACCACGGCACCGCAAUGAGCAUAUUCUAUACGUUUUUGCGAGCGAACAGGGCGCAUCAUCAGGCGCGCCAUCGUGGAACCCAGCCUGUCUGAAAUGGCAAGCCUACCUCAAAUUCAGCCAUAUUCCGUUCCGCAUCGCACCAGCGAACAACCACGCUUCGCCCAGCGGCGCUCUGCCUUUUCUCCUCCCCUCGUCGCCCGACCCGUACAAACAGACACAGCCCGUUCCGUCGGCGAAACUGCAGCGCUGGGCGAUGAAUACGCGUGGAGACAAGCGCAUAGAAGAGCCGGGCGACGCGCGAUACGAGGCGUAUUUGAGCUUGUUGGAUCAUAGGAUACGGAGGGCUUGGCUUUAUACAAUCUACCUCUCGCCCAACGCCCCCGCAAUCGCCGAACCCUUGUACAUACUCCCUUCGUCCCGCAACGCUUUUGUCCGCCUCACGCUCGCCCGCGCCCUGCGCCUCGCUGCCGAACAGGAACUGCGCAAGUUUUCCCCGGUUGUCAACGCUGAGACGCUGUACAGCCAGGCGGAAGAAGCUUUCCGUGCCCUGGAUAUGCUACUUGGUGAUGACAAGUGGUUCUUCGGCGCAAAGGGGCCCGGCUUGUUCGAUGCGAGUGUUUUCGCCUACACGCAUUUGUUGCUGGAUGAGGGGUUGGGGAGGGGGUGGGUGGAUACAAGGUUACGGGAUGCGUUGGUCGGGCGGGAGAGGUUGGUUAAGCAUCGGGAGAGGGUUGUUGGGAAGUACUUUUCUUAG